CACAUCCCUUGUUUACCAAAUAGAGGUCCUUCGGCUUGGGCUGCGUCAGCCUGACGAACCAGGAAGCGACGAGGCGAUUGGCUGGCGAGCGGUUGCCUAGGAAACUUCUCUGAGGAAGGCGCGAAAAAAGAAGCGAAGAAGCAGCUUGGGCGGCCAAAUAUGAGUGUUGUAAAGCGUGCCCGUGUAGAAGAAGCUAUGGAUCCCUCCGUUCCAAGCAUUGCUGAGGUUCGUGGAACGCUGCUGGCUUUGCAGAAGAACUUGGAAUGCCCAAUAUGUCUUGAUGUGAUGAAGGAGCCAGUCUCAACAAAUUGUGCACAUAUCUUUUGCAGGUUCUGCACAUUGGAGCUUCUUAGACAAAAGAAAGGUGUAGCACAGUGUCCACUUUGCAAUGCCAAAGUCACCAAAAGAAGUCUAAGAGAAGAUGUCCGAUUUAAGCAAGUAAUCAAAGUGGUGCUGGAAAUCAUCCAUGCAUUUGAGCGUGAUACGGGUUUCAAAUUUUCAGAUGAGCAGUGUUUCCCCAAAAAAGCCAAAGAAAUUGCCUCUUUUGCAGCCCCACAGAGUGAACAGCUGGUUAUUGACAGCAAAGGCUACAGGGACAGACUGAAAAGGGUGAAAGCAGGAAAAAAGGGAAUUACCUACUUGGAGGAUGAGAAAGCCAGCUUACCACUGUGUGAUAGAACUGUCACAAGGUACUCUCUGAGAAACAAAAGUAGUUCUGGUAAAACGGUUGUGCUUGAAGUUGGGUCAGAUUCAUCAGAAGAUGUCUUUAAGAAGAUGGGCACGGGCAGGAACAUGGGUUUUGAAAAGAAUACUCAAAUUAGUGGAGGGAGUACCAAGAACCAAAGUACAGACCCUUGUCAUGUGGAGCUUCCUGAGCCAAGUACUGAAGAUGGGGCAUCAUUGAAAAUCCCAGGUACAGGAGUUCUUUUGGAGGAUGGAUUACAAAGCAUAGAAGAGGCUCGAGAUAGCCCUGAACAUUUGGAAUUUAUCAAGGAAAAUGUGGCUGUGAAGAAGAGCCAGGAUUUGUCUUUUCCCCACCCUUGCAUGGGACAGCUUGGCAGGAAAUCUGACUGCAGCUCCAUAGAGGAAGAUGGUUCUUACUCAAUACUGAGUAUGGCACAGUUGGGUGGUGAAGUUGUAGAGCCUACUACAGAUGAAAAGGCAGAGGGUGGUGCAGAAGGAGCUGAUGAUGUGCAGCCUGUUGGAAGUGCACACAUUUUGGAUGAACAUAAGGAACAGGUGCUGCCUUCCCAGAGUUCACCUGACAGUCCUUUCAGUCCAAUUACUGGGAAAAGACUGAUGCGGAGCAUCCAGAAGGUCAGUGAGUGGCUUUCUAAGAGCCAGGAAGUCCUUUCUUCCAGCCCCCCACAAGAUCUUCAGACUGCGGAGGUGGAUUGGGAUCUCAACCCAACCCAUGUGUCAGAUGCAGUCUCUUGUGUCUCUCAGAAGAUUGAACCAAUGGAGGAGCAGGGUGAGAUCACAGUGCGACAUGGAGACAGACCUUUAUUCAAACCAACUGCCUCUAAAAUUGAAGAUAAAGUAUUUGGGAGAACGUACAAGAGAGAACGCAAGUCAACCCCAUUUCGGAAUGAGAGGGAAAGGACCCACAUCCAAACAGAGGAAGGCAUUGCUGCAAACACAACACCUUGUGAGAGUCUCAUGAGAAAAAACACGACACGAAAGAGGAAGGCCACCUCAGAACUGACCCCUGAGGACUUCAUCAAAAGGCAAGGCAUGAAAGGAAGUAGUAAGAGGCUUGUUAAAGACGACAAUAUGUCUUCAGAAGUGUGCGACCCAACCUUCAUUCCUCACAGUGACAGAUCUGUGGCAGAGCAAGAAGUAGCAGAGUUGCCAUCAGACUUGCCUGUCAAGGAAAGAAUGUCCAUUCUGGAAGCUGAUGUAAGUGAAGAGCCCCAGAGCAAAUGGCCAGAGUCAGACCAGAAAAAUCUGAAUCUGAAGACAAAGAACUUGUCAGGCAAGAGAGGCAAAACAUUAAGCAAAGCAUUUGGUCCUUUAGAGCUGAUUGUGGAUGGAAGGUCUAAAUCCCCUGAGAUGGCCCAGAUACAGGUAGAUGUCAAGGAGCCAAGUGAAGUGGGCACUGGCCAGAAAAAAGUCAGGCGGAGCAGGAGACUUCAGUUGCUCACGGAAGAAGUCUGGAAUGGGGACAAGGAGUUUCAGCUGCAGUCGGAAGGCACUGGGAGGCGAAGUGAGCCAGCACAGAGAGAAAGAAAGCAAAUGGAUGGGAGAGUCAAGACACGGAGGUGGUCUCAAGCAGAGAUCAUGCUAUCUCCCUCUGCAACAGAAGAUGACCCCAGUGUGUUGCAGGGUCCACUACAAAGAAACAUAACUCAUUGUGAUACCAAUUUGAGGGGCAUGGAAGGCAAAGUAGGUGAGACAUGGGUUGAACCUGCAAUCUCUCCUUGUGUGAUAGGAACUAUGAAAGAUACGAGUGUUGAACAAACUCCAGAGAGCCUCAGUCCUUGUUGCAUUGUUCACAGGACAGACUCUCAAGGCAGCUGCUCCUCUCUGCAUUUUCAGCCUAAGCUCGUGAAGCAAACCACUCCUGAGGACAAAGAGUGGAAAGCAAAUCAACCUGAGAAUGGUGCAUGGUGUGCUCAGGCAGCAGAAAGCAAUGGGUCUUCCACAGAAGAUAUGAGAGGAAGCUGCAAGCCUCCUGAAACAGCUGAUAAAAUUGCAGGAACUUUGGAGCCGAAUCCAGAAACAGAUGACAGUGAAGUGGACACAGGCUUCAUGAAAAAGAUAUUUAGCUGCUGCAAACGCCAGUCAUUCUUGCUCCAUACAAGUCCAGUGAAGGAACAUGCUACAGAAAUUCAAAGGAAGUUGAGCAUUGGCAGAGUAGAAGAUGACAAGGCUCACUGUAUAAAGAAACCCACUCAAAACAAGGAGAGAAAAGAAGCUGUUUCAUGUGGGGAAAACAGAGGCAUCUCUGUCCAAAAACUGGCAUCCUCUGCCUCUGAUUUUCCAGAGCCUAAGAACAGAACUGAGCACCUGCAGCUUGCUUCACAAACCCCAUUCUCAGAUCUUCUGUCUAUGCCCCUGGAGUCAGCUGCCAAGAACGUGAAGGGAGGAAAUCACCCUCAAAGUAAAAAACCAGCAACUGAUAAAAUAUCAUCUCUAGAAAUAGGAAGAGAACCUGCAAGCCCAAAUGGUGGCGGCAGCAACAGAAGCCCAAAGGGCUGGAGAAAUGGCAGCUUCCAAGGUGCCAGUUUAAGCCAUGUUAAUGAGACAGAUUCUAAUAUAGAACACUUGCAGGAUGCAGGAUCUGUAGAUGCUGAAAGCCAAGGGCUAGCAUUAAGGUCUCAGCCAGAGCUGAUUCAGCCACAUCUUGCAGUUUGUCAGUCACAAUGUUCUCAGUUCAGCUGUUCCCUCCUUGAAAAGCAAAGAAGCAGCGUGGAAAAAAAGCAGCUGAAUAGCAACCUUGAGGAAGCAACUGAUUCUUCCAGUGUAGGUAUCCCUAAGUGCUUUGUUCCCAAGAUGGAACAGGACUCUGAGAAGGAAUCCCAAAGCUUUGGGCUUUCAGUGGAGACACCAGAUGGGUUGUUGGACCCCAUCAAUGAAAAGGAAGGCUCAUCUAAACUUCGGGAAAUUGAUGGAUCAGACAUCUUAGCUGUGUCUGCUAAAACAGGCAAGCAAUCCCCUCUUGGCAGAGACCUGAAGAACAGUGACCAAAGCAGCUCCAAGUUGAAGACUAAAGGUCCCAUUGUAGGACGACGGAGACAGGUGAGGAAGCUGCCAUCCUCAGAAGAGGAAGAUUCCAGUGAAGAUGAAGAAUUGCCAAGCCUCCAGGCAUUGUUAUUUGGCACAUCAUCACAGUCUCUGAAAGAGAAGGAAACAGCAGCGGAGAUGCCAGCACUGAGGAGCACCAGUAGAAGUAACCUCUCACAGAAGGAUGAGGACGUCUGUCUAAGCCAGGAGUCUGAAGGCUCAGUGAAUUUGUUUUCCUCCCAGUCACCUACAUCUGGGGACUCUGACAGUAAGCCUUGUGACUCAAAAUGGUUGACUGCAAUCCCUAGUUCCAGAGGAGCACAGGCUAGUCUCAGUGGGAACAAAGACACCAUGAAAUCCAGCAGUAAAGCCUACAAAGAUACUGAGCCACUGAAGGAUCCACGGCAUGAAGGCGUGAAUAUACAAUCCCAUUUAGAUGAAGAGACCCUCGUCUAUGAUAGUGAAGCUAGCCACUUGGGAGAUUCCUCGGGCCUGUCCUCCCAGAGCGAGAUCCUCACCACACAGCAGAGAGAUGCCAUGCAAAACAACUUAAAGAAACUCCACCAAGAGAUGGCUGAUAUUGAAGCAGCUCUCAGACAGGGAAGCCAGAAUGUUGCCCCUGAAGAAUGGCCACUACCAGAUGAGGAAGAUGAUUUCACUGGAGGGCAGUCAAGAUUGAGAAAGGGAAAUAAAGUAAAGUUGACACCUGAAAGCAAACAAAGCUUCCUCGCUGACGUCUCCAUCACUGUCAAGAGCACCCAUUGCAUUCCAGACAGUAAUUCCACUUUGUCAUCAAAGUCAAAAGAGCCAAUUUCCAAUGUUUUGACCCCAAAGGCAGCAAGAGGAUCUCCUAGUGCUACACCAGGUACAGGUAGAAGAUCAAGUCAUGAGAGACAGGGAGGGCUGGUCUCUCCCUUCACAGCUGCAACAUACCACAGUGCCAGGAAAAGGAACUCAAAGAGCCCUCUCCUCACCAGCAAGAGAAAUAUGUCUCUCGUGGCAUCAGGACUGAACCAAGGCGAGUUGCGUGUAGUACAGAGGUUUGCAAGGAAAACUGAGAGUGUUUGGUCCAAUAAAAUUACUGAAGAAACAACCCAUGUAGUAAUGAAAACAGAUGAGGAUCUGGUCUGUGAGCGGACAUUGAAGUAUUUCCUAGGUAUUGCUGGACAGAAAUGGGUGGUGAGCUACCAGUGGAUUGAACAAUCACUCAAGGCAGGAAAAGUCCUUAAUGAGGAGGACUUUGAAGUGAGAGGAGAUGUAAGCAAUGGGAGAAGCCACCAAGCGCCCAAGAGAGCAAGAGGAUCUUCUGCUAGAAAGCUUUUUCAAGGCUUGGAAAUAUGCUGCUAUGGACCAUUCACUGACAUGCUCCCAGAACAACUGGAGUGGAUGGUAGAGCUGUGUGGUGCCACUCUUGUGAGACAACCUCACUUGUUUUCAUGUGCAACACACGCUGCUGCUGUGGUGGUUGUUCAGCCUGAUGCUUGGGUGGAAGAUGCCACCUGUCCAGAAUUCCCGCUGCACUGCAGUGCGACUGUAGUUUCACGCGAGUGGGUGCUGGACAGUGUUGCUUGCUACCAACGCCGGCCAUUUGAGGACUAUGUCGUGCAACAGUUGUGAGGGGCAGUCCCUUGGAAGAAAGCUUGAGUGCUUUUGUGAAGGUUUUUUUUUUACAGAAAGUGCAACUUCGCUUGCAAGAGAAACAUUUUAGUUAGCAUAAAAAAUUCUCGCCAAAGGCAGAACUGGAACAAUAAAAUUUCUGCCUUCUUGCAGUGAGCCAAGAAAUAAUCUGUUCCUCUAUGCUGAUACAAAUGCAUUAUUUACAGUUUGACUGCUGCCUUGUUUGGGAACCUUUUUUCUCUCUUCACAACAUCUCGGAGAUGUAAUCAUUUACAAGUUAUAGGAAGCAGAGAUUUUUUUGUUAACAGUCUGACAGCCAUCGUUUGUUUCAUAAGAAUGUGUUCACAUAUAAAGAUGCACUUAUGCUGGAUCGCUGGUGUAGUAUCUUCUUCUAAGCCGAAGCAUUACCAGACUGGUGAUGACAUAUGAAGAACCAAAGCAUCAUGUGCCAAAGAGACAUGUGCCAAAAUUGAAAAAUUGCAUUUGGUGAGGAAUCAUUUAGAAAUGUUUUUCCUAAAUUCAUUUGGCAUCUUCGAAGCAAAUUAAAAAACUUUCAUUUAGAGCUUGGCCAUUACUUUUGGAUUAGGAAUACUAUAUCAUUUACAAAACCUUCCUUGUUAUUGAAUAAGACAACCUUUGGAAAACUCUUACUGGCUCAAAACAGUACAAGAACAGAAAAGCAUUUCUGAGAGAACAGAACAUUACUACUACUUUGUCUUGUAAUUUGGUUUUGUAAAUAAUUACCUAGGGUUUUUUUUAAAGAAAAGUUAGCUAUACACUGGAUAGAACAGCUUACUGAGUAAGAUAUGGUCCAGAUCUGGAAAAUUUGCAUUGUAAGUGACAGGAGAUCCCUUAGUUUCCUUUAAUUUAAUUCUGAAAACAAACAGUUCAGACACAGGUUUUUUCAGUUUCACAGUUCUGUAUAUAUUUGAGAGAGAUUUAAUUGUGCUAUAAGACUAGAAUGUUUAAUAUUUUGGUUUUAGAAUUUAUAUUCUUUAUGCUUAAUUGGCAGAUGGGCCCAAGAUGGCUUUUAACACUGGUUUUAAAAAUUAAUUUUAAUAUGUUUUAAAUAAUGUUUUUAAUAUAUUUUACUGUAUAUUGUUUUGGGGCCCUGGUGG